AAAUCAUAGUUAGCCUUGACAGGAAGUUGACAUUUAAAUUGGCAACAAUAUGGAUGAGUGCAGUCAAAAUUCUAGUGAACUGCAACUGUUCUACGAUAAGUCGACCGAGGUGGUCGUCUAUCCAGAACUGUUUCCAGAUGAACUUCCGUCGCUGGAAGCAGAAAUCAAGCGUGGAUACAAGGAACUCAAAGAAAGACAACAGGAGGCAUCGAAGGAGAAACGUAAAACGAAGUCGGCUUCACGGAAAAACGAUACUAAGGUGACGAAGAUAUUGUAUCCAGCACCAGCGAAGUUUCUGGGAUGUAGACACAACGAAACCACAAUUAUCGACAGAGAUAUUCUGAACCCCAACGAGCACCUUCGACUUUUGGCAACUCCACGAGUGAAGCCAAAACCGCAAUAUGCACGAAUCGUACAGCUAACCGUGCCACCGGCUACCAACCAUAUCAAAACGCUUGCUCAACCAAAAGCCUAUCACGUGAAAGAUACAAUCAAUCUCCACUCUAAACAGCUCAAGCCACACCAACUAGAAAGAAUGAACGAACGCCUCAAUGCACGCGAUUUCCUUACCAUAGCCGAAUCACGCCAAUUCGCUCGCCAACAAAAGCGAGACGAACUUCGUUGGUUAAGACACCGGAAGCGCCAAGAGCGGAAGCUCAAGAAGAAAAUAGUGCGAUUGGAGCUGGCCUAUCUUCGAGAUGUCAUGAGGAAAGUCUAUCGCCAAACUAGAAAUUACUUCUUAGAUGACGAAACGCCAACACUAGAAGGCGAGCUGGCUAUAGCAUCAGAAGUCAUAUUAACUAGGAUUUGUGAGCUUAUUGGCGUUGCUGUCCCACAAAGAGAUGGUGCGAAUAUUCUCGACAAAUAUUACUACCAACUGAGCGACAAGGCAGCGAUGUGGACGUGGAAAAUCAUGCAAUCUGCUGGAGUAACAUUUGAACGCCCGGAAGAUGUAGAAAAAAGGCUUUCGGCAGCAUCCAGCAUUUUCGAGGAUCCAACCCGUUUAAAGCAGGAAGACGUUGGCGAAACCGAAGAGGAAGACGAACAAUUUAUUGGCCUUACUAAUUCAACACAGGACAUAAUAAAGGAAAUGUUGGAGUCAUGUAUUGCUACAGCUAUUUUGGCUCAUCAUCAUUUGGAACAACAGAGUGCGAUUGAAGGAGUUCCCCAAAGUGUGUCACAUACAGCAAUACGAGGAACCAUUAGUGAAGAAACUACGAAAACUGAACGAGACAAGGGAUCUAAAGUUAACUUCUUGCCACGUAUGUCAUCGAUAGCCGUUGAUCCGUCUCAGUUGAAUGAACAAAAUGACGAGGUUGAAUUGGAACAGAAUGAGUAAUAAAAGUUAAAUCACCUAACU